AUUAAUAAUCGAUACUUUAUACUCACUCGAAACUAAACUUUAGUAGCUGCAGACGACGUAUUUACUGGAAAGCAUAUAAGCCAAAAAACAUAAUGACUUCAAAUGAAGUACAUAAAUUGUCAAGUGAUUCUGAUGAAGAGCCUGAAAAUAAGUUGACCUCGAAUGCAAUGGCAAGACCCAAUCUUAAGCGUAGGCUGGAAGACGAUCGUCCUGAUGAUUUAUUGAAAAAAUUUUCCAAAAAUUAUGAUGAAAAAACGCUUAAGAUGAUGACUAAAAUGGGUUUUGAGCCUGAUAAAGGAUUAGGGUCUCGUGGUCAGGGGAGAAAAGAAAUUGUCGAGAGCUCUAAGCAGAGAGGCAGAAGAGGUUUGGGUUUAUCAAUGCCGCAAGGAUUAGAAAGUGCUCCUGAUGCUACUUGGGAUUUCACUGAACAAGAGGCACAAGUUCAGGAGGCGAUAGAUUGGUUACAAAACGCAUCAGAAGCAUCCAUUGACUUAGAAGAAAUGAAACAAGAGUGGUUAAAAACCAAUCCUAAGAAACUGUCUCUAUUUGACGAAGACAAGUUCGUUGAUAGGGAAGUAUUAGAUCAGGUUUUGAAAUGCAAGUCAGUCUUUGACAACCUCGAAGGAGAGGAAAUGCGGCAAGCCAGAACUCGUUCCAAUCCAUAUGAAUCAAUUAAAGGGGGAAUAUUUUUGAACCGUGCAGCAAUGAAAAUGGCAAACAUGGAUGCAGUGUUAAAUUACAUGUUUACUGAUCCUCAGGAUGAUAAAGGCGAAAGUCUGAUAAAGCAAGACGAACCCCUCUAUUUCUCUGAUAUAUGUGCCGGUCCGGGAGGUUUUAGUGAAUACGUACUCUGGAGAUCUACUAAGCAUUUCGCUAAGGGAUUUGGAUUUACCUUGAAAGAGGGAGCAAAUGAUUUUAAGCUGUACGAUUUUAGGUCGGGUUCACAAGAAAUGUUUGAAGCACAUUAUGGAGUCAAUGAAACAGAUGGAGAUGGGGAUAUUUAUAAAAGUGAUAAUCAAGAGGCGUUUAAAAAAUUUGUGAUGAAUAGUACAAAGAAUAGGGGAGUUCAUUUUGUUAUGGCUGAUGGAGGAUUCUCCGUUGAAGGACAGGAGAAUAUUCAAGAGAUUCUCUCAAAACGAUUGUACUUGUGUCAAUUUGCUGUUGCCUUGAGUAUACUGAGACCUGGAGGAAAUUUCGUUUGCAAAAUAUUUGACAUUUUUACAAGUUUUAGUGUUGGUUUGAUAUAUUUGAUGAGACAGUCGUUCCAGAGAAUAUUAAUUUUCAAGCCCGUAACAAGUAGACCCGCUAAUUCCGAACGGUAUAUUGUUUGCAAUGGGUUAAAAUCAGAAGAACUUGAAGCUGACACAUCAGUUGAAGAAAUAGUUCCUUUUGAAAUUAUAACAGGAGAUCAAGAAUUUUACAGCUAUAUUAAAGACAGUAAUAAUGAAUUAGGAAAGAGACAAAUUAAGGCACUAGAAAAAAUUCGAGUAUUUUCUCAGAACGUUACGUUAAUCGAUUCUCGUCAAGUGGAUGUUCGUUUAGAAUGCUUAAAAGCGUGGAAAGUUCCUAAUGAACCAAGACCUAAUCUUUCUCGAAAUACUUUAUUUGCGGAUAUUCAAAAGUUAUGUUUAUCAAACCUACCAAUAACAGAGCUGAGUUUAGAAUUUCAAAAAAAAGUUAACGUUAGCGACCUUCAGUCUCUUUUGAAAAAUUCCUAUAAUUGGCGUUGCGUGCCAUUUUGUGGCGAGAGAAUUGUAUAUCUCGUAAGUGGUGGUAAAAGCAAUGUUUACGAAUAUUAUUCAGAAAAACAACGAAGAGAUAAGUUGAAUAUACCCAAGAAAACAAUUUUGAUAGGAAGUUUCUGCCAAGAAGUGAAAGGUCAAUCUAAAGGUCAGAGGAAACAGGAGGCGUUUCAUGUUAUCGAUGCUAUAGUUCUAAAUGGCCAGGAUAUUCACUCAUAUCACUACAAUGACCGAGUUCAAAAAAUUGUUAAGUUUUGCUCGUGUAUAGAAAUGAAAACUAGACCGGACUUGAUAACUAUACGGCCCCCUAAGUUACAAAAAUGUGAGAGAGCAGGUGAAAUACUUAAAGAUGUUACAUGGAUACUUAUGAAAACUGUUAAGGAAUAUCGUCCAUGUAUACCCCAAGACAAUUCCGAUUAUUUUUCAGCAUUGUCCGGUAUAUUAUUUGUUCCAAUAAUGAACGAACAUUGGACAAUGCAAUUCAGUAAGACGCACAGGAAGGAAUAUUUUUUUAACACUAAAACUAAAGAAAGUAUUUAUCACGGUAGGGCUGACAUGUUUCUUCCGUCCCAUAAAGCAAUGACUAAAUUACUCGAACUGGAUAUUAAAAAAGAUUCUCUAAACGAUUUUGAGGGUCUAAAGCGUAAUUUAAACUCAAAUAUUACUAACAUAACACCCCAUGAGGAAAAAUGCUGA